AUGCCCUGCGUCCGGACCCUCCUCUGUCUCCUGGCUGCCGUGGGCGCCUGUAGCGCGGCCGCUUUCCUUGGCUAUUGCAUUUACUUCGACAAGAAGCGGAGGGGCGAUCCCGAGUUCAAGCGGCGGUUGCGGGACAAAAGAAGAGCAGAACAGCAAAAGGCUAAGGAACGGGGCGUGCAGGUGAAAGAGUCUUUGAAGAAUGAAAAAUUGCAAGAGUUCUUUCUUCGAGAGGUACAAAUGGGAGAACUUUGGUUAUCCAGAGGUGAACACAAGAUGGGAGUUGAACAUCUCAGCAACGCCAUUUUAGUAUGUGGGCAACCACAGAAACUUCUGCAGGUUUUCAAACAAACACUGCCCCCUAUGGUGUUUGAGAUGUUGAUGCGCAAACUACCCCUGGUAUGCCAGCAAUUUGAGGCAGAAAUGAACGAACAGGAAUGCCUUGAGGAUGAUCCUGAGUGA